UUUAAAAAAAUAAUAAGCAAAUGCCGGAAAAAGUAAAUGAAAAAGCUUCGGAUGUAACCAAUAGUCCUGCUGAUUAAUGACCUACAAGUAUUAUUUGGCGAUGGUCUAAAACAGAAGAAAGAAGAAGAAGAAGCUGAAGCUAACAAAGCUUCAUCAAUGGCGGAUUCUGGUCCAGCCAGCUUCUUUACUCGGGCCAAUGCCAUACUUAGAAAAAACUUAACCUAUCAGAAACGAUACAUAUGGAGCAAUGUUCGUCUCAUCAUGAUCCCUUUAUACCUCUGCAUAGUUCUCGUUUGCAUUCAAGCUCUGUUCGAUUCACAGGUCAACAACUCACUGGAUAAUCAAUGUGGUUGUAAAUGCAUUGACAAAACCGGAGAAGGACAAUGUGAAAUGGUCUGUGGUGUAGAGUAUUCGACUCGAGACCAAGGAGUGUUCUGUGCCAUCCCAAAUCCACAACCAUGGCCUCCUUUGAUGCUUAUUCCUCGUCCUCAGAAUCGUGCCGUUGACUCCAAUCUCAUUGAUGGCUCAUGCAGAGGAAGAAACUCUUGCCCUGUUACUAUACUUGUCACUGGGAAUAAUCAAUCCAUUGGAGCAGCUUUGUCUAGAAAUUUUCUGAGGAGGUCUUUCACAAUGAACUCCUUUGACAUCUUGUCUGGUUUAGCGCAUAAUGUGCUGGCCACAACAUAUAAAGGAAGUGCCACCAGUUAUCUUGAUGCAGCGAUUGUCUCAGAUCUUAGCAUUUACAACAUCCAACCUCGGUGCCCUCCAAACUCUACGUUUCAAUUCUCAAUAGGACAAUCACCUCUCAAUUUCACCAAAGAGAUGAGAUGCGUGCAAGGGUUGAAUCUUUGGAGAAAUAACUCCAGAGAGAUCAAUCAUGAGAUUUUCAGAGGCUAUCAGAAAGGAAAUUCUGAUGAGACGAUAAGUGAGAUCGCUGCAGCGUACGAUCUCUUGGACACAAAUAAGACUAACUUCAAUGUGAGUAUCUGGUAUAACGCAACGUACAUGGAUGAUUCAGGAAACAAACCACCAAAGUUGCUCCGAGUUCCCCGCUUAGUUAGUUUGGUUGCAAAUGCUUAUCUUCAGUAUUUGCAAGGCCCAAGGCACAAGAUAUUGUUCGAGUUUGUCAAAGAAAUGCCUAAACAAGAAACCAAACUUCGUUUAGACAUUGCUUCUUUGAUUGGUCCAAUUUUCUUCACAUGGGUUAUUCUUCUUCUGUUCCCUGUGAUCUUGAACUCAUUAGUGUAUGAGAAGCAGCAGCGUCUAAGAAUGAUAAUGAAAAUGCAUGGGCUUGGAGAUGGUCCGUAUUGGAUGAUUUCAUACGUCUAUUUUCUCGCCAUAUCCACGUUAUACGUUGUAUGCUUGAUGAUAUUUGGAUCAGCGAUAGGACUGAAGUUUUUUCGGCUUAAUGACUACAGCUUCCAGUUCAUUUUCUAUUUUCUCUACAUAAAUCUUCAAAUCUCCCUUGCCUUUCUGAUUUCAUCAGCAUUUUCAAAAGUUGAGACAGCAUCAGUUGCUGCAUACAUAUACGUAUUUGGAUCUGGACUAUUAGGGUCGACUCUCUUUCAAUUCUUGAUAGAAGAUUUAUCGUUUCCCAGAGGCUGGAUUUUUGUCUUGGAGAUGUAUCCAGGCUUCUCUUUAUUCCGUGGCUUGUAUGAGUUAUCGCAGUGUGCUUUUCAUGGGAACUUGAGUGGGAGAGAUGGAAUGAAGUGGAGAGAUUUCAGUUAUAGUGGAAUGGAUGAAGUUUUCUCCAUCAUUGUCGUUGAGUGGUUUGUCUCAAUCACUGCAGCAUACUAUAUCGAUAAGGUUUCUUCAGCUGGGAAAAACCCUUUCAAGAUCUCUCCUUCUCCACAAAGGCUUAGCUUACAAAAACAGGUCUCUGCAGUUUCCAUAGAAAUGGAGAAGCUAGAUGUCACUCAGGAGUGUGUAAAAGCCGAGAAGUUGAUGCUUGAGCCGAGCACAAGCCAUGCGAUUGUUUGUGACGACCUGAAGAAAGUGUAUCCAGGUAGAGAUGGAAACCCGCCAAAAAUGGCAGUUCGAGGGUUAUCUCUCGCUGUGCCUUCAGGAGAAUGCUUCGGCAUGUUAGGUCCCAAUGGUGCUGGCAAAACCUCAUUUAUCAAUAUGAUGACUGGACUUGUGAAACCAACCUCAGGGUCAGCUUUUGUUCAUGGUUUGGAAAUAUGCAAGGAUAUGGACAGAGUAUACACCAGCAUGGGCGUAUGCCCACAACACGACUUGCUCUGGGAGAAUCUGACGGGAAGGGAGCAUCUGCUAUUUUAUGGGAGACUUAAGAAUCUAAAAGGCUCUGAUCUCAACCAAGCUGUAGAAGAGUCUCUUAAGAGUGUAAACCUAAUUCACGGAGGAGUUGCUGAUAAACCUGCUGGAAAAUACAGUGGAGGUAUGAAAAGGCGGCUAAGUGUAGCCAUUUCACUGAUCGGGAGUCCUAAGGUUGUAUAUAUGGAUGAGCCAAGCACAGGUCUUGAUCCAGCUUCAAGAAUGAACCUAUGGACAGUCAUCAAACGCGCAAAAACACACACUGCGAUAAUCCUCACUACUCACUCAAUGGAAGAGGCAGAGUUUCUCUGUGAUCGAUUGGGUAUUUUUGUGGAUGGAAGGUUACAAUGCAUAGGGAACCCAAAAGUGAUAAAGGGAAGAUAUGGUGGGUCUUAUGUGUUUACUAUGACAACAGCAUUAGAGAAUGAGAAAGCUGUGGAGAUGUUGAUUCAAGAUGUUUCUCCAAACGCAAAGAAGUUAUAUCACAUCGCAGGAACACAAAAAUUCGAGAUAUCAAAAGAGGAAGUUCGGAUCUCAGAAGUGUUUCAGGCGGUGGAGAAGGCCAAGAGCAGUUUCAAAGUGUUUGCUUGGGGACUUGCAGACACAACUCUUGAAGAUGUUUUCAUCAAGGUUGCUAGAACUGAGGCCUUUAAUGUCUUCUCUUAAAUCUUCUGAAGAUUGUCACUUUUUUUGUCUGUUCAACAUCAAUAAAUAUUGCUCGUGUGCUAAACUGAUCAUGUAAAAAGGUUUUGACAUACUCAUGUGCUGCUGAUGCAUCGUAAGUAAAUUAUUUCUGCUAAAACAAAAUCUUAAGUACUUUUUCA